AUGCCGGGGCGGACCAGCAAGAGCUGCAGUCUCAGGUGGCGGUGCUUUCUCAACCCGGAGCUCAAGCGCCCCUGCGACGACCCCUUGACAGAGUGGGAGGUGGCCGUCAUAGUGGAGGGCCAGCGCACCUAUGGCAACCGGUGGACGCUGAUAGCCAGCCUGCUUCCUGGGCGCUGCAACAACGACAUCAAGAACUACUUCAACCUCUACCUCAAGUGCCAGGUCCCCUCAGGCUCUGUGCGCAACGCCUACCUGGAACGCCGCCUCACGCUGCAGGACCUGCUGAGGGAAGCCCCGCCAGAAGUGCGUCAGAAGGAGGCAGCCACCGCGGCCCAGCUUUGCCCCAUCAUUCACUCGCAGCACCACGGGUCGACCUCAUCGCCCCAGGCCUGCUCAUCAUCCCACUACGACGGCCUUGACUUCUCAGGCUCCCCCCAAGACAGCAUCAUCCCCACUAUGGGGGGCGGCAGCGGCAUGCCAGCCUUUGGCAUGCCUGCAUUUGGCGGGUCCUACGCCCCGACCUACUCGACCGUCGCCGCUGCCACCACGACGACCUGCUCUGCGGGCAACACAGGCCAGGCCAAACGCAAGCUCGGCGCAGACGCGCCCUCGGCCGCCGCCACCCUAACCAUGGUCGGCCUGCCGCUGCUGCCGCACCUGGCCUACGACGUGGGCCAUGGCGACGCCGGCAGCGACUACGGAGCCGGCGCCCUGGCGUCCUCGGUCGGAGGCCCCCGCCAUGGCGGCUGCAGCGGUGGUGGGGACUGCGCCGGAAUGGACGGCAUGCCGCCCUCCGGGGAGCUGGACUCUCUGGUGGCUUACACCCUGCCGGCCCCAGCCGACGCGCAGGCCCAGGGCCGUGCGCUAGGCGCGGCGCUGGCGAUGAACCUGGGCGUGAAGAGCCACUCCUUCUGCGUUGGCGGACACCCGUCUCUCACAAUCAGCACUUCGCGCGCCGCCCUGCACAGCGUGCACGGCGAGGGUGCUUCGCCGUUCGCGGCGGUCGCGGGUGCGCAGGGUGGCGGUGUUGAGCUGCCCGACCCUGAGCUGUUUGGCCCGAGCUACCCCCCGCUGGGCGACCUGCUGAGUGAUGGCGACGACGACGGCGCUUUGGGCACGCAGCGCUCGUCCGGGCGCCGCAUCAAACGCCACAAGAGCGCCCCCGCCAGCGCGGCGCUGCCGGACCUCGACACUACAGGGUCGCCCUCGCUCAUGGCCGCUGCGGGUGCAUGGAUGGACGCCCUCAUCGCCGGAGGCCCAGGUGCCAGCCUGAGUCUGGACGACGCUGUCGCCCUCGCCGCCGCCGUCAAAGGUGCAGCCGCCCCUGUCGGCACAGGCUGCGCGCCGGUCACCACCGCCGCCGCAAGCGCAGUCAGCACUCCGGCUGCCCCGCUGCAGCUGCCACUGGGCCUGCAGAAGCAGCAGCAGCAGCAGCAGCAGCAGCCAGAGCACCAACAGCAGCAGCAGCAGCAGCACCACCACCACCACCAGCACCACCACCAGCAGCACCAGCAGCAGCAACAGCAGCAGCAACAGCAGCGGCAACAGCAGCAGGCACAUGUGAACAACCACCGCCCGCAUGCACUGGAUCUGGGUGUCCAUUCAGCGCCGCAGAUGGGCGCAACGUGCAGCCCCUCGCCCUCACCCUCCCCAGCACCAAUGAGCACACUGCGCGGUGCAGGCACUGGUGCUGUCGUUGGUGCCGGGGCGGGUUGCGACGGCCCGCUGCUGCGCAGCGUGCUGACGGGUGCGAUUGCAGACGUGGAGCGCGACAUGUCUGCCUUGGGUGGCGCUGGUGCCUUUGGCCCUGCUAGUGCAACCGCCGCCAGCUGGGUGCCCUCGGCGUCGCCCCAUGCUGCGCCCAGCAGCUAUAGUGCACCAGCGCCGCUGUUCGGCGGCUGCAUUGCAGGGCGGAGCAACCUAGGCCUGGGGCUAGGGCUGCUUCCCGCCUAUGCUGAUAGCGGGUCGGCGGCGCCGACGCCGCGCAAUAUAGCUCAGCAUUCGGCGGGUGGCUCUCCCAGCACUGCGGCCGCGGGCCAGCACCACAAUGGGCGGUCCAAGGCUGGGGACGGCGGCAGCGACGGCGGCUCCGGCUCAGGGCAGUUGUCGCAUGCCACCGGCCGUGAGCGCAGCAGCAUCGCCAGCGGUGCUACAACUGAUGGCAUGUAUGCUUUUGGCGGCGCCGCCUGCUAUGGCGGGGGCAGCCAAUCGCCAGUGGGUGUAUCCUCCCAGAAUCCAUUUCAGCAGCAGCCGUCAGUCUUCCAGCAGCAGCACCAACAGCAGCAGCAACAACAGCGGCAGCAGCAGCAGCAGCAGCAGCAGCAGCAGCAGCCGCACAGUCACCAACAGCCGCAGCUGCACUUGAGAAAGCCAGCCUCCAGCCCUGCGUUCAGCCCAGCGCAGGGUCAGGUGCAGGCGCGGCUAGGCAGUGCCAUGUCACUCGACGGCCUGGGUGUGGCCAUUGUGGGCGCCGGCAGUGUGGGCUGUGGCGACCUGCUACUAGACCCCUCUUGGGGUGAGGACCUGGAGCUACCGCCGCAGCACAUGGAGUUGCUGGAGGACAUGCUGCGCGCCGCGUGA